AGCUGUGUCCAAUCACAGCUGAUCACUGAUCAUCAGGGCACUGAUGAUCAGUGUGGCCCCAGAAGUGCCACCUGUCAGUGCUCAUCAGUGCCAGUGUCCAUCAGUGCCACAUCAAUGCCACAUAUCAGUGCAUACCAGUGCACAUCAAUGCCACAUAGCAGUGCCCAUCUGAGCUGCCUUUCAAUGUCACCCAUCAGUGCCAGUCAGUGCCACCUAUCAAUGCCAAUCAGUAACACCUAUCAGUGCUGCCAAUCAGUUGCACCUAUCAGUGCCAGUCAGUGCUGCCUAACAGUGCCAGUCAGU